UCUCUCAUCUCUGUUUAGAUGACCCAGGAGCAGUAUAUAUUGGCGUCCCAGUCGAGUGCCCUGCAGAGGCCGGGUUGCCCCGCUCCGUACCCAGUGGGCAUCUACGGUUGGCGUAAACGCUGUCUCUACUUCUUCAUCCUCCUCCUCCUUGUCACCAUGAUUGUCAACCUUGCACUCACCAUCUGGAUCCUGAAAGUCAUGAACUUCACAGUGGACGGGAUGGGUAAUCUACGCGUGACCAAAGAAGGCGUGAGGUUAGAAGGUGUCUCCGAGUUCCUUCUUCCUCUGUACGUGAAGGAGAUUCAAUCGAGACGGGACAGUCCACUGAUCCUGCAGUCAGACCGGAACGUAACGGUGAACGCACGGAACGACCUCGGACAGCUCACAGGACAGCUCACUGUCGGAUCAGAGACGGUGGAGACUCAGUGUCAGAGGUUCGAGGUCCGGAGUUCAGACGGAGACAGAGUUCUGUUCUCCGCAGAUGAAAACGAGGUCAGCAUCGGCACUGAGAAGCUGAGAGUGACAGGUAACGAGGGAGUCGUGUUUGCUCAUUCAGUUGAGACGCCGCACAUUCGAGCCGAACCUUUCCAAGACCUAAAGUUGGAGUCUCCAACGCGGACUCUGACGUUGGAAGCGCCGAAAGGAGUGGAGGUGAAUGCAGGAGUGGGGGAGUUCAGAGCGUCCUGCAGGAAAGAGCUUACUCUGGAGUCUUCUGAGGGGGAGAUCUUUCUCAACGCCAAGUCCAUCCGCAUGCCCAAUCUUCCUCACGGUAGCGUGGACCCGCUGCUCAGCCCGGGCACCAGCUACCCGAAACACACCGUGUACGAGGUGUGUGUGUGUCCGAGCGGCAAGCUCUACCUGUCCCCCGCUGACAGCGCCUCCACCUGCCAGACCACCAACAGUGUGUGUUUAUGGAGCUGA